UCCCCCUCCCGCCCUCCUCCCUCUUCCCAGCUCCUGCUCGGCCUCCAGCUCCGGCCGCGGCUCCCCCUCCCAGAACCCCCUCCCCGGAGCGGAGCCCACCGGAGGGCCUCUCUUCCGUCUCCCCCCCCCCCCGGCCCACCCACCCGGCCAGAACAACAGCCCCGGGGGGCAGACCCCCCGCCAGCCUGCCUCCCUCCUGCCCAGCCCUGCCAGACCCCCCAAAGCAUGAAUCUCUUCCGAUUCCUGGGAGACCUCUCCCACCUCCUAGCCAUCGUUUUGCUACUGCUCAAAAUCUGGAAGUCUCGCUCUUGUGCCGGGAUUUCAGGGAAGAGCCAGGUCCUGUUUGCAGUGGUGUUCACGGCCCGCUACCUGGACCUCUUCACCAACUACAUCUCCCUGUACAACACGUGCAUGAAGGUGGUCUACAUUGCCUGUUCCUUCACCACAGUCUGGAUGAUUUACAGCAAGUUCAAGGCCACGUACGACGGCAACCACGACACAUUCAGGGUGGAGUUCCUCGUUGUUCCCACGGCCAUCCUGGCGUUCCUGGUCAACCAUGACUUUACACCUCUGGAGAUCCUCUGGACCUUCUCCAUCUACCUGGAGUCGGUGGCCAUCCUGCCGCAGCUGUUCAUGGUGAGCAAGACGGGGGAGGCGGAGACCAUCACGAGCCACUACCUGUUCGCCCUGGGUGUCUACCGGACCCUCUAUCUCUUCAACUGGAUCUGGCGCUACCAUUUUGAGGGCUUCUUCGACCUCAUCGCCAUCGUGGCGGGCCUGGUCCAGACGGUCCUCUACUGCGAUUUCUUCUACCUCUACAUCACCAAAGUCCUGAAGGGGAAGAAGCUGAGUUUGCCGGCAUAGCCCUGGUCCUGGCCAUCCGUCUCCUCGGCAGCCCGCGAGAGGCAGAGGAAGGCAGCAAGAAGACAAGAGCCUUCCCGUCCAGGGGUGACUUUUUAAAGAACCAACCUCUCCGCACUCCCCAGCCUCCCUCCUGCCAGGUUUCAGGGGGGCGGUGGAGGACCCGAGUCUUGGGGAACUCAGGACCUGGGCUGUUUGUAGUUUUUUGCCUUUUAGAGAAGAAAACAAAACAAAAAAAAAAUCUUUCCACGAUUUAGUUUUUGAUUCAGAUGACUCCUUUUCUCUUCUACUCUCUGGCCCCCUGAUUUUUAUAAACUGUUUCCGAGUGUCCUGUGGGGCAGGGCAGGGUCCGAGAUCUUUUCCCUCCCGCAAGCCCCCCGGCUCCCUUCCAGAUCCUACCCUGCCAGCCCCGCCAGUUGCCAAACACUAAAUCUGCAGACACCCACCCUUCUGACCUCCCCCCGCUGGCCAUGAACACGGCACCCCCCAAAAGUUCUGGAAUGGGGAGAGGGAGGAGGGGAGGGACGGUCUCCCUGAUUUUUCAAUGCAAUUUUUUUCCCAGAGUUUGGGUUUUUUGGUGUUGUCCUCAUUUUUUUGACAAUUGAGGGGGGCGAGGGGCUGGGCGUGGCAAGGGGGCUGGCCCGAGGGUCAGUGUGGCUCGGCCGCCAUGUUUUUGUACAGAAUUGACGGUUGAUUCUUUGUUCUCUUGAAAUAAACCGAGGAAAAUGAUGCCUCUUUCGCUA